CCGGAACGCCCCGCUUUGGCCUUUUAAGGGGGCGGGGCUUGAAGUGGCCGCGGCCGGCGUUUCUCUCUCCGUUUCAUGCCUCCGGGGCUCUAGCGUUAUAGUUUCUCCUGGUGACCGGAUUCCCAGAGCCCGGAUAACCAUUUACCAUUUUGGAAUUCAAAGUAUGUCAUCAUGGCAAAGUUUCGAAAAAGGAAUUGCAUCAUUUUGUCAUUUUUUAUUUUAUUUAUUUUCUGCUUGAUGAUGGGUUUAAAAAUGCUGAGACCAAAUAAAGGUACUUUGGGAGAUCCUUUUGGACUUGACCUCCUUCCAGUUUUCAGUAAACGGACAUCUCAUGUGAAAAAAGUUUUUUAUUCCCAAAAGAGUGACAAAAUCAACAUUGAAACAAAUACUGAGAAUUUAAAAGGCGUUGAAGUUGUUGUGAAAGAUUCUAAAGCCUCUGAACCUUACCUGGAAGAACAGUCACCUCUGAAUUACUAUUUACAUGUGUUUUACUAUAGCUGGUAUGGAAAUCCACAAUAUGAUGGUAAAUAUGUACAUUGGAACCACGCAAUCCUGACGCAUUGGGACUCAAGCAUAGGUGAUAAUUAUCCACAGGGGAAACACAGUCCUCCAGAAGACAUUGGCUCUAAUUUUUACCCUGAAUUGGGAAGUUACAGCUCUCGAGAUCCUUCUGUCAUUGAAACCCACAUGAAACAAAUAUCCUCAGCUUUGAUUGGCGUUUUAGCUCUCUCUUGGUACCCACCUGACACAAGUGAUGAGAAUGGAUUACCUACUGAUAACUUGGUACCAACUAUUUUGGAUAAAGCUCAUAAAUAUAACCUGAAGGUCACUUUUCACAUAGAACCAUAUAAAGAUAGAAAUUAUGAAAACAUGUACAAAAAUAUCAAGUAUAUUAUAGACAAAUAUGGAAAUCACCCAGCCUUUUAUAGGUACAAGACUAAGACUGGCAAAGCCCUUCCUAUGUUUUAUAUUUAUGACUCCUAUAUUACGAAACCUGAAGAAUGGGCCCAUCUGUUAACCGCCCAAGGACAUAGCAGCAUUCGCAAUUCUCCUUAUGAUGGAUUAUUUAUUGCACUUCUAGUAGAACACAAACAUGCACUUGAAAUUCAUCGUGGUGGUUUUGAUGGAAUAUACACAUAUUUUGCCACAAAUGGCUUUACUUACGGGUCAUCGUAUAGUAAUUGGGAGUCAUUAAAAUUAUUUUGCAAUAAAUUCAACCUAUUAUUUAUCCCAAGUGUGGGUCCAGGAUACAUAGAUACAAGCAUCCGUCCAUGGAAUGCUGUUAACACUCGAAAUCGGAUCAAUGGAAUAUAUUAUGAACACGCUCUCAAGUCUGCACUUAAACACCAGCCCAGUUUAAUUUCUAUCACUUCUUUUAAUGAGUGGCAUGAAGGAACUCAAAUUGAAAAAGCUGUUCCAAGAAGAACCAGUAAAACAGUUUACCUGGAUUAUCGGCCUCAUAAACCAAAUCUGUAUCUAGAACUAACUCGCAAGUGGUCUGAGAAAUACAGUAAGGAAAGAGCUACUUACGCAUCAGAUCACUAGCUGCCUCUUGGUGCAUUCAUUUAAGCCAAUUCUUAAUGCAUUCAUUAAAAUUUUAUAAUUAUGAAUUAUCACUUCAUAAAUGCCGCUUGUUUUAAGUUAUGGGGAAAGAGAGAUCAAAAUCAGUAUGCACUGCUCAUCACAACCGUUCACAGUGCUGCACCGAGAGAAGCGUGAACACUGUUCCUGUGGCAUAAUUUGCUGAAUUUCUGACAGUAGCAUUUCUGCUUUGAUGGCAGUUGACUAUGUUUUACUUCACAAACAAAUGCUUGUAUUAUGUUAAGUAAUUAAUACAACAUUAAAUUCUGCUUGAAUUCAAGAUCAGAAGAAGUAGGAUUAUGUGUGUAUUUGGUGUAUCUCUUGAGGAGAGAAGACAAACUUAAAAAAAUAAAGUACAUAUUUCAUUUACUUUCUGCUGUGAACCAUAUUGUGUUAGGAAAGCUUGUUUUCCAACAGCACAAAAGAAAUCAUUUUGCAUAUUUUGGUUAUCUUUAGCAUGCAAACUAUUUUGCAUAUGUAAUAUUUCUGCUUUAUAAUCUUGAAAAUCAGAUUUUAGAAAAUAUGGAAAUUUCUUACAUAAAAGUUCAUGAGUAUGCCUCAGUGAUUAAGAAAACAUUAGUUUGAAGAUAAUAGUGUCCAAGAAAUGGCUUUGCAGCGGGGUUUUUUUGUAUGAGACUUAUUUAGAAAGAUGUGAGAGGAGAGAGAGAGAUGUUUGUGUGUAAGAGAGAACACAGGCUUCUGUGGAGUGGUGAAAAAGGCAAGUAAAGGAACAUUGAGCCAAGCAAGCAAGGUAUGUGUUCAAGGGAGAACAGGGACCGGAAGAGCACGCUUUUGGCAGCAGUCUUUAACUUGUUAAUGUUUUAAAAGGACCAACCAUAAGUAUUAACUCUUUUCUAUUUUAGCUUUUUUCUAUUUUCUGUUUUCUACUGGAUUCAUUUAUUUUUAAUAUUUAAAGGAUGGUCACCAAAAUUGGUAGAGAAAAUUUACUUGUAUUUUAAAUUUAUUUCUGAUAUGUGUUUUGUUUGGUUUUGAGUAUUGUAUGCUUAAUGGCUGAAGUAUUUCAUUAAAAAGAGAAAUACUUCAAGGUUGGAAAGAAAGGACGGCAGGGAGUGCUUGCCUUCCAACUGGGUCUGAUCCCUGAUACUCCAUAUGGUUCUCCGGGCAUCACCAGGAGUGAUUCCAGGAGUAAGCUCUGAGCAUAGCUGGAGAUAGACAAAAUAUAAAACAAAAACAAGCAAAAACCAAUAAUGCUUCAAAAUAUACUGUAUCUUAUAAUAUUUAAUCAGAUACACAUUUUUAUGGUAGCAAUCAAAUUAAUACUUGUAAUUUAUACUUGUAACUAGUUAUAUUGUGAGAAAUUAAUCAUCUACAUGCUAAAAAUGGAUAAGCUACAGAAUAAAAUAUAGUUUAUUGUGGUUAAUAUUUAUAAUUAGAACCCCAAAUGAGCUCUAAUGUAUAUGCAGCUACUUUGUAUUAUUUAUUAUACAUUUAUUUCAUUCAGAAUAUAAACUGUUCAUAAGCAAAUUAGCAGGGGAAUUCAUUAUUAACAGUUAUUUAAAUCAGAUGAAAUAGUUAUUUUAGAUGGUAGUUUGGAGUAAAAUAUGUUUGUAAAAGUCAUGAGUAGUGUCAAACAUAUUUAUAAUCUACAAGUUUGAUGUUUCUUAGAGAAUAACCAGGCCAUAGAUUUUCCACAAUAAUAAUAAUCUGCUUUCUAGAAGAAAUUGCUAGGAUCAAUCACAUGAUGAUAUAAUCAAAUAUCUUUAUAGGAAGAGUCUAUAUAGCCUGUGGAUUUUUUUCUGAUAUUAAGUUAGCCACUAUCUUAUUUUAGGAAUAAACUUUAAAUAUGCUACAGUUACCUUUUCAUAAGACGGAUUACAACUUUUUUUUUGUCUAUGUAUUUAAAACUGAAAAAAAUCAACAAUCUUAUGAGGUUAAAGGGAAUGUGUAAAACCAAAAUCAGCAGAUCCUCUACAUGGAUAUACCACUGUCUAAUCUGGUCCCAUUGCAAGAAGUAAUUCUGUUUUUACCAAAGUAAGAAGUGCCCCAUCUAGAAGGGGAACACUAGAAGGCCUAGGUUGAGGGGUACUUUUUGUUUGUUAGCAUAAAGAAGAGGCUCUCUGUUUAUGUUACUGUUUUUCUGAAAAGGGAGCCAUUGGCAACUCUGUUCAGGAACCUCUAAUUAUAUUCUAGGUAACCUGUUAUAGCACUCUUGAACCCCAUGCUUUGUUCCCACCAUAUUACCUCAACCAUCCAAUAAUGAUAAAUCAGAUUUCAAAGUAGUUAAAACAUAUCCGUCUUCCCUGCAGAAAGUUAUUCUGAAGAGAAGAUGGUUAGAUUCUAAUCUCAUGGUUUGUUAAUAUUUAUUAUUUUCCUGUUUUUUUAAAGAAAAAUAAUUUUCUGUUUUAUUAGAAAAAUAAUUUCUAAAAACUUUGUAAUUGUUAGGUAGUAAUGCCUUCAAAAUCUUUCUCAGGUAUUCAUUAGAGCUGCCUUUAUCAGUAGACUUACAGUACAGUCCUAGAUUAUGAUGAUCAUAAAGGAUAAAUAAUUGAUUUUCUAAUCUAAAAGACUGUAGUUUGAAUUUAACAAAGUAACUGUGUAAAAGCAGAAAUUAUAUAAGGCAUGAAUCAUAGUGAUUUAUUUUUACAAUUUUAAUCAGUUUCAUUGCUUUAUAUAAACCCAAUCUUAUCCUUUUCUAUUCCCCUUACGGAUUAUCAUUGUUAAAACCUGCUGUUUCUAAUGUUUAUCUUAGUUAUUUAUUAACUUCUGGACUAGAGUGAUAGCACAGUGGGUAUGGUGUUUGCCUUGCACGAGGCCGACCUGGGUUCAAUUCCUCUGUCCCUUUUGGAGAGCCCGGCAAGCUACCAAGAGUAUCCCACCCGCAUGGCAGAGCCUGGCAAGCUUCUGUGGUGUAUUCCAUAUGCCAAAAACAGUAACAACAAUUUUCACAAUGGAGACGUUACUGGUGCCCACCCGAGCAAAUCGAUGAACAAAGGGAUAACAGUGCUACAAUGCUAUUUAUUAACUUCUAUUUCUGUUUUAGGAAUGUAUAAUUAAAAGAUUACUAUUUUGUUAUGGAUUUGUUACCUUUCAUUUAAUAAAAGCAUAAAUGAAAUUGUA